UUCUAUGCACCCUGGUGUGGAUACUGUCGUCAAUUCGAGGCAACUUAUGCAGAUGCUGCACGAGCCCUAGCUAGUGCUGAACCAAAUCUUAUUGUUGCCAGAAUUGAUGGGACACGCUAUCCGGUUGAAACAUCUUCGGCUGGAGUGAGAGGAUACCCUACAGUCCUGCUUUUUAAAGAUGGCAAGUCGUACACCUUUGCAGGCGAACGGACUGUUGAAGGUGUCUUGGUCUUCGUUCAAAGUGUUCUUGGCCCAGCUGUGGAAACGUUGGAUGACGAAAAGGCUCUUGAGAAGAAAAUUGAGCAGCAUUUUGACGAAGUCUUCUUCCUUUAUUGUGGGAGCCAGGAAGGCCGAUUGUGGGACGUCUUUAAUGAUACUGCUGGUGAAUUUAGGCUGCAAUUGCCUUUUUACCGGGUCGUGAGGAUUGGAUGUGAUGGUGAGAUUUUCGUUUAUAAAGAUGGAAGCCGCAAGCAGUUUUUACCGAUUGCGGUAAUUUCGAAUAUAGGUGACCUGCAGUCGCAACUGAGCGCCUUUGUCGAGGAAAAUCGUCAUCCAGCGUUCGGCCAGAUGUCGGUCUAUGAAAUCAGGCAAAUGGCAAGCGAUUCGGCUUUUGAAAACACGUCAAUCUGCAUACUUCUUAUCGAUCCAUUCUCCGAGUCUUCUAGAGUGUUAGUUUGGCGCAUAUUAACUUGCAAUUACUCGCACACGCCCAUAUUCCGGCCCCAUCAACACGGCUUCCAUGUGCACCAAGUCGAGUGCGAAAUCGGCAGAGAACUGGCAAUCGUCGACUCUACGCCCACUCUUAAACGUUUCAAGUUUGUGUGGACGGUUGACGAACGCGGUCUCAGUAGUCUGGCGAUGACAACUCUCGAAGCGCCGAACAUUCUCAUCUACAUGCCGGGCAAUGAAAGUCUUAUUCUGUACACACACCACAACCUCGCCGACACUACUGUUGGAAUAAGCAAGCAAAAUUUCAUAUCCUUCUUAGAAGACGCCGCGAAUGGACAAAUCCCAGUAAGCAUUCAUCCUGCCUAUGGCAUCAAGCAGUGCAAAUUUGGCUCUGCCCUCACUGGUCAUUAUGGCGGUCGCAGUUGGUUGACCACAGUUCGGCGGUUCGUAUUCGACUUCUGCGUCGGGUCUUUGGUAGGUCCUUACUCCCCCCGAGUUCCAUCAACUGUCUAUGACGCAAGUGUGUUGCACAUUGGUUGUUUCCCGCCUUUCUCCUUUGAGAACUUCUUUCGGACGUCACCGAUCCUUGCACUCUUAACGUUUGGGGUCCCCUUGGGCUGUCUUUCAUGUCUGGCCUACUGCAUCUGCUGCAGCCCAUUCGAUACCAUGGACGACUCUAGCUUCGACGACGACGACGUGGAUGCUGCCGCCCUUGAAGCCAGGCGUGCUCGUCUUCUGGACCGCAGCGUCUUGGACGCCAAACUCGGCCCCACGACAUACUACGACGCAGUCAGAGCUCGAUCCAUUUACAAACGUCUCGCUGGUGAGUUCGUUACCAAAGACGUCUCAUGA